CUGCCCUUUGAAGGCUCAGCCUCUGCUUUUGCUUCAACUUUCAAAGCUUCAAUUUUCUCAAAUUUUCUUCACUUCGUCUUCUUCAUCGUCGUUUCCUUCUUCCAUUUCUCAAGCUAUGGCUUCUCCUUUCGAUUGCCUCUUGUUUGAUUUGGAUGACACCCUUUACCCUUCCACCACUGGAUUAGCUCAAGGCCUCAAGAAAAACAUCGAUGAUUUUCUGAUAGAGAAAUUUGGACUCUCGGAGACCAAAGCUUCAAGUCUCAGAGUCGAACUCUUCAAAACAUACGGCAGCACUCUCGCCGGUUUGCGAGCGUUGGGCUAUGACAUCGAUGCCGAUGAUUACCACGGUUUCGUGCACGGCAGAUUGCCAUACGCCAUGAUCAAGCCAGACCCUCAGCUGCGUAAUCUGUUACGUAGCAUCACCCAAAGAAAAAUCAUUUUUACGAAUUCGGACAGGGUUCAUGCGAUUAAGGUUCUGAAAAGACUAGGAUUAGAGGACUGUUUCGACCAAAUCAUUUGUUUCGAGACACUGAACCCUAAUUUGCCGAAAUCAACGCGUCCCGAUGAAUUCCCUGUCGUCUUGAAACCUUCAAUGGAUGCCAUGAAAAUCGCUCUCGAUGUCUCCCAUGUUGAUCCUGGACGCACUCUCUUUUUCGAUGACAAUGUUCGGAAUAUCGCCGCUGGAAAGGCUUUGGGCCUGUGGACUUGUCUGGUUGGAAAGACCGUCAAGACAAAGGAAGCGGAUUAUGCAAUCGAGACGGUCAACAAUUUAGAACAAGUAAUACCAGAAAUGUGGGUCAACGAAACGGACGGUGGUGAUGAAAGGAUCAGUAGAACCAGCAGCGAAUUGGAUGCUAUUCUGGCGGCAACAACACCCGUUGGAGCUUGAUCAAUUCAAGAUCUCCGGGGACCUAAUUGACAAAAAAAAUGUUGGAUUCUCGGGUUAGCACUUAAGGUCCCAUAUUAUGUACAUAAUCAUGUCGAUGGCAAUAAUGUAUCAAAUGUGCAUCUAUUGAUAUGUGUACCAAAACGGACUAUCCCAUCAAGUAAAUAAAGAAUAUAAAUCAUUGCUUUCAAUUUCAAUUGCAA